AUGGACGAUUUAUGUUCAGCUAUUCAAUCAAUAAUUGAUAGUGAAUUAGAUGAUCUUAUACUUGAUUUAGUUUAUGAACUUCAUUCAUCACUUAAAGGCAUACCCGAAGAGCAACUUGAAAUAAAUAAUAAUGGAACUAAAACAAAAAAUAUUUCUUUAUCUUUAUUACAAUCUCAAACAACAGCUAUUGAGAAACAGACUUGUGUAUGUCCGCAAUGUGGUCAAUCAAAUAUAAUAGCCAUACGAUUUGCGUAUCAUCUAGCGAAAUGUCUCGGUGUGGGUCGACGUUCGUCGCGGCAAGCUAAACAUCGAAUUGUUGAUCAAGUUAUGACGAUAACUGCUUUGUCAGAUGAAAGUCGAUCGAAUGGAGAUGAAUUUCAGCAUGUUGAAGUAAAUAAUAUUUUGCCAGAAGAUGGUGGAUCAUGUACAGAUUCGACAUCAAGUUCGAGUAUUAAUCAUCAUCGUCGAAUAAUAAAUGAAGAUCAAGAAUAUAGAGAUGAUUUUGACAAUGAUGAUGAAGACGAAGAUGAUUGGAAACCGAAAAAGAAAAAACGGCGAAAUCCAACAAUGAAUACAAAUAUUGGAAAAAAAAAUAGAAAGAGAAAAAAGAAAGAUGAUAUUAUUGUUAUAACACAACCUAUUGAUGAACUUGAUUUUCAUAAUUGCAUCAUUCCACUUGAUAAACUUAGUCCACAAAGACCACAUACUGCGAUUGCAUUAGUAAAUUCAACAAUGCCAUCAAAUAGUGAAAAUAUUUUUUUCAAAAGCCAUCAAAUAUUGCCCAUUUCUCCUGCGCGAUCAUCUUGUUUUUCUUCUCGAUCGCCCUUGAAUCUAGUCGAAGACGAACAAUCAUCAACAACAUCGAUAAUUAUGUUUCAAGAAGACAGUAAACGAUAA